GGUGGUGGCGGCGGUGUUGGGGUGGCCUCAGGCAGCGCCCAGCGCCGGGGGUGCCCGCGGGACCCAGGCGGGCUCGGGCCGCGGAGCGCAGCGGGGCGGCCCCGCCGCCAUCUCCCGUCUGGCCGCACGGCGCCGCCGCGUUCAAAACUUGCGCGCGCCUGCCGCCAUCUGGGACCGGGCGGACCGACGGACGGACGGACAGACUGACAGACAGACUGACUGACUGACUGACUGACUGACUGACUGACUGACAGACACACAGGCAGGAGGGCCGCCUGCCUGCCUGGGGUCGUCCCGCCCGGCGGUGCGGAGGUGCCGCUGCCUCUCACCGCCCACCCCCGCGGCCCCUCCGGGCUCCUUCGCAGCCGCCAAGUUUUGCCCCAGCGCCUCACUUUUUCCCCUAUUUUUAUUUAUUUACUAUUAUUUUUUUAAUUUUAACGCCGUGUUCCCGGCCGCGGGCCGGGCAUGGCGCUGCGGGCGGAGCAGGUGGGUUUCAUCGGGCAGGUGUUCGAGUCCUACGUGCUGCAGCACCACCGCGACGAGCUGCUGGCCAUCCUGAGGGAGCGGGACGCCGAGGCGCACUACGCCGUCAUCGUCGACGCCUUGACGCUCUUCGAGACCAACAUGGAGAUCGGGGAGUACUUCAACGCCUUCCCCGCGCAGGUGCUCCCCAUCUUCGACAGCGCCCUGCGCCGGGCGGCCGUCACCGCCCUGCAGGCUGCCGAGCCCUCGCCGGAGCUCUGCGUGAAGACCAACCUCCACGCCAGGAUUUCGGGUUUGCCCGUUUGCCCAGAGCUGACCCGAGAGCACAUUCCUAAAACCAGGGAUGUGGGUCACUUCUUGUCUGUUACUGGGACCGUCAUACGUACCAGUCUGGUGAAGGUCCUGGAGUUUGAACGGAGCUACAUCUGCGAUAAGUGCAAGCACGUGUUUGUCGUCAAGGCUGACUUUGAGCAGUACUAUGCCUUCUGUCGGCCAUCAGCCUGCCUGAAUGAAGAAGGCUGCAACUCAACCAAGUUCACUUGCCUCUCUGGAACAAGCUCUUCUCCCACCAGCUGCAGAGACUAUCAGGAAAUAAAAAUUCAGGAACAGGUCCAACGACUGUCUGUUGGAAGCAUCCCGCGUUGCAUGGUGGUUGUUCUGGAAGACGACUUAGUGGACAGUUGCAAGUCUGGAGAUGACAUCACAGUGUAUGGAGUGGUAAUGCAGAGGUGGAAACCUUUCCACCAGGAUGCACGCUGUGACUUGGAGCUUGUUCUGAAAGCCAACUAUGUUAAAGUAAAUAAUGAGCAGCUAGCAGGGGUUGUAAUUGAUGAAGAAGUCCGCAAGGAAUUUGAAGACUUCUGGGAAAAGCAUAGGAAUGAUCCCUUAGCAGGGAGGAAUGAAAUUUUGGCUAGCUUAUGUCCUCAAGUGUUUGGAUUGUACCUGGUGAAGUUGGCUGUAGCCAUGGUGCUUGCUGGUGGUGUGCAGAGGAUCGAUGCUACUGGAACUCGAAUCAGAGGUGAAUCGCAUCUUUUGUUGGUUGGAGACCCAGGUACAGGGAAAUCUCAGUUUCUCAAGUAUGCAGUAAAGAUUACACCCCGGUCUGUGCUCACUGCAGGAAUUGGAUCUACAAGUGCAGCAAGUGUGCCGAAUUUCUACCUUGAGAUUCUUAAGGACCCUCAUCAUAAGUGAAACUUGAAUCCUUGGCAAGAAAUCUUAUUAACCCUAGUUUAACUUCAGAGCACCUUUCCGUGAUUAGAACUGCUGGACUAAAGCAUUCAUUAAUCUCUAGCCCAAGACUUUGGAUGCAGCUUGAAUUAUUUUCUUUGCCCUCCCUGUACAAGGAGUGUCUUACUUGUGAGUAUGUUUGGAGCUGUACCUAACACUGACUUUGUCAUCUUGCUGUUCAUGCAGAAGCUCCAAGUGAUGCAUUCUGAGAAAUACGAAAUUGUUUUACAUCCCUUGUCAUAACUGCAUGCUUCAGAUUACCAAUUUAUUCUUUCUCCUGAGAGGAAAUUCCUAAUGGACAUUUCUGUCUAAAAGUAAAAAGACUAAAUCCGUAAGUUCCAGUUUUGACCAUUUCCUUACGUUAUAUAUAAAGUAGUCUGGAUUGCAGUUUAAUUACUGACUGUAGGAUUACAGUCCACAUAUACUAAAUGAUGCACCUGUAAAUUGGUAAUACCUUGGAGAAGUGCUAAAAGCUGUCUUAUAUUUGGAUUUCUCUUUCAGAGAAAUUUGUCAAUAACUUACUGAACUCUGGAUUGCAUCUUUUGUAUUAACACAUUUUAUAUACCCUUUGCCAAUCUGGUACUCUUUUAGGACACUAGCCAUUUGUCAGCUGGGGAAUUGGAAUUCUGCUUCCAAAACUGUCUACUGUAUCAAUUUUCCCCUACAGGCAUUUAUUGGUACCAGGAUACAGUGUUAGAUAAUCAAUGUUGUUCUUGUUUUGCCUAAAUUCCCUUUCUUUCCCACUCUGUCUUAGGAAUCAUCUGCUUUUAGAUCCAUUAUGACAUUAUGAUCCUUUUUUUCUUUAAGUGAACCAGUAUUUGAGGAUCUUCAUCUUUUUUUUUUUUUUUUGACUUCGCUGACAGGCUUAGAUUAACUGCCAGGGAUCCAUUCUCUGUUGUGGGUAAAACCAGAACUUUUCUUCCAGUCUCUAGAUAACAUGCUGAGUUUACUUGCUUUAUGAGGUUGCCUUUGUUGCUAACACGUAGUAGAGGUUUUCUGUUGAGAAUUCUCUGCAUGUUUCUUACUUUUAUGAGGAACCAGGCUUUGUUCUUCCUACAUCUCUUUUGUUAAAGUUGUCAUCCACAAGGCAAAACCAAGUUCAGCAACUCAAUGGCAAAAAUUUCUUUGACCACUAUAGGACUUCCUGAUUUCCAAAUAAAAGAUGUGAACCAUCUGUCCUGCAGGUUCUGUCUACACAGUGUUCAUUUUUUGUAAAGGCCUGGUUCAUUCUUCCCACUUCUCCUCUGAGAAUGACAGGAAGGCAUUCAUUCAUAUGUCUUUAAUUUUUAGAAAUUGAUACAUAGUUUUCCAGAAAGAAAGAGACUUACUGAAGUUUAGCAAAAUCUCUCUGUGGGUUCCCACUUCACUACUGACUUUAACCAACAGUCCCCGUAGCAGUAGUGCUGCAUGUGCAUGUUUGGAUGAGAUGAUCACUAAUAAGAAAAUAUUUCCUUUUCCCCUGGAGCUUGAGAAGUGCAGCAAUCAUUUGAGUGGUGUGUUUGAUUCCAUAGGGAUCGGAAUGAACACAUGCCUGCUGCUGGUGGGUCUGGAGGCAUCCAGGCCAGAGUCAACCUGACACUUUCUGGUGCGUAUCUGGCUGUAGAGAUUUGCACAAAGUUUUGUUCAAUGUCGUGUCCCUCUACAGAUGGACUCCAUAAAGAAUUUUGUGAUCUGUGCUCAGAACAGCUUGUCUAAAAAUCUGGGAGACUAUCAGCUGUUUCUCCUACUCUCCAGUUUUGUACAAUAUGCCUUCCUGCGCUGUAAGAAAUGCAGCCUUCUGGCCUCUCCUCUUACAGCCUCUACAGAGCCCUGAGUACUGCACUUGCUAAUACUUAGCAGAGUUUAACAUUGCCUAUGUCAUGCCAACAGCAUUUUGCUACUGUUUUAUUUUUCUCCUCAUUGAAACUAACUAACUCAAGGGUAAACAGCCAUUUUUUCUUUUUCCUAGUAAGCCUCUCUGUGCUAUGCAGGCUUCAGAUGCUAACCAUUGCCUCUUUUCUGAUCUACUAGAAACCAUGUGAGCCCUCCAGUUCUGGUUAUGAUAGAGUACAUCAGUAUCCUGAGAUAUGCAGGACACUGCAACUAGGGACAUUUUUCCCUAUUUGUAGAUCCCCAAAUUGUUUCUGGAUAGUCUUUAGUAGGUCCAGGUCAUUCUUAAUUGAUACAGAUCAAGGCAGUGACAGGGAACAUGCUAAACAACCUAGCACUGCGGGCAAUAGCGCAUCAGUGUUUGGAUCCAUACCAUGGCCCUGAUCAGGUUAUUAAUUGAGAUGCAGCCUUUAGGCUAGUCUUUUCGGAUCUUCUGCAACAGUAUUCUUCAUUGUUUUUGUGAAUAUUCAUAAUUGUAGAUGAACUUGUAGUCUUUUCUGUCAGUGUGUACCUCAAAAAUACUUCCCUCAUAACAGCCACUCACUGGCUGUUUCCUAAGCAGUUUGGCUUAAGGUUGAGAAGGCCUUAACUCUCUAAGAAGUCUGCUAAACUUACUGAAGGAAUGAAUUUUGAAGUUCUGAUCAAAGCUCCUUGAGAUAUGCCAUGUCUCUAGUAAUGUCUCAUCUCUUGGAGAUCCAUAAAUUCCCUUAAUUUCCUCUCACUAAUGCUGUUCCAAGAUGGCCUUGUCCUGAGACUUAUCUUGACUACAUGCAACAGAUUAUUUAGCCAAGUAGCCAAGCAGUGUUGGUACACCACGCCUUUCUAGAGAGACAUGACAAGCUGGAAGACCCUUCGUGUGGAAAGGUAGGCCUAUCGUCCUGUGGCCCAAGGGGUUUUUGGAGGAAAACCCAUUAACUCCUUAAAAGUUCCUGCUAUUUCAGCCCAUUCUUAAAGUUGUUAAGACAGAGCUGUUGUAUAGCCCUUCUGCAGCACAAAGACCCCCUCCCUCCAAUUGUCUGCUGGCGGCCAGUCACGACUUACACCAUGGACAAGUACCCCACCAUGCCUCCAAGACAGCAUUACCAAAAUUCAGAAAUGUUGAAGUGUUGUCUUCCCUCCACCCCACCCUUUGCUUCCUAGGGGCCUUUACGUUCUAGAUUCUAGGUACAAACCUUGGUUUUAACUUGAACAUAGCCUCCCUAGUGACUCCAGAUGGUUCCUUUCUCUUACGCAUUCUUCCUUGCUAAGACUAAAAAUCAAGCAAAAACAUCUCCACCUGUUUUCUGCAGCCCACAUCUGAUCUCACACAUGAUAAGGCCAGCUCUUAAGAAGCAGAACUUUAACUAGAAACAUAAAUACAAACAGCAAAACCUUGGCAUGAGCAGUCCCCACACAUGCAGCCUGCCCGUGUAGGUAGUUGCACUAACCUUGUAGGUAAAUGCUUUGUCUUUCCUGUUGGCCCUGAGCAGAGCCCUCCAGCUAGCAACAAUAGUAAUGCAUCUUCUCUGGACCAAACUUCUGUGGCUCUCAACAAAACAAGAGAAUCUGGCCCAGCAAGCUUGCAGUCCACUGUAUUUGUUAUGGUCAAGAGGCAGGGUAGUUAUGCAAGUGAAAGAUCUCCUGCAGUUGCCCAGGCAGAAGUCAAGAUGUAGUAACUUUGCUCUUUUUCUCUCGUAAAUGAGGAUUUGACUGGAGUGUGCAAGCAUAUAUAUUUUUUUCCGUCUUUUUUCUUCCCU